AGCCUUCGGAGAUUAGGAAGAGGGAGAAGAAGCCAACAACCGAAUGAAGACAUUGACCACAAAUUUCCAUAACUUUGAAAAUUCCAAAGCACCCUCUUUCCUUGCAUUUCUCAUCCUUUUCUUCAUUUCACUCAUUUUAAUAUAAUAAUAAUAAUUAAUAAUAAUCAAUUAUUGCAUUGCAUUACACAAACCAACCAAAACAAAAAAUAAAAGAUAAAAUAAAAAAUUAAAUAAAAAAGAAGAAGAAAAAGCACCUACUUUCUCCUUUUCUUCUUCUUCCAUUGAUAAACCAAUUUCUCGUGACUUUCACAAAUCACCACUCAGAUCACUGGAAUCUAUACCCAACUCACAAAAACAGAAAACACAAAAAACAAAUCAAAACUUUCAGAAAACUCGAGAGUGAUGAUAGCUUCUUAUUCAGUAAUUAAACUCAAUUGAAGUGAUUCACAGAAAAAAGAUUGUUGAUUUGAUAGUCUUUGAGAUACAACUUGAAGUUAUUAGAUUUCAAUUUAACUUUACAAAUUUCUUGGAUCUCUGAGCAUGACCGGGAACCAAGAGCAGUUUGAGAUCAAGUUUAGGUUGACAGAUGGUUCUGAUAUUGGCCCGAAAAGUUUUCCUGCUGCUACUAGUAUUGCAACAUUGAAAGAAAGUAUUCUUGCUCAAUGGCCGAAAGAUAAGGUGAUUGGGCCAACAAGGACUAUAAAAGAUUUGAAGUUAAUUAGCGCAGGAAAAAUAUUGGAGAACAACAGAACAGUUGGUGAAUGCCAAAGCCAGAGCCCUUUAUGCGAUGCGCCUGGUACAGUUACAACAAUGCAUGUGGUUCUGCAACCACCUACUACAGACAAAGAGAAGAAAGCUGUCAAGGAAGUAACACAGCAAAGAUGUGGUUGUGUUAUUUUAUAGCAUCGAGAUCGAAUAGCAAAUGUCAUCAUCUAUCAUAGGUGUUUACGGUUAAAGAUGCUUCGUUUUCACGUAAUCAUUGGCUUUCAAAGAUUUCCUCAUACACAAAUUAUUUGGCUGCAUACGUCAUUGUUACUACACACAAAGAGUACUUGACUUGGUGGAGAUUUUGUGAAUCUAGAGGUUCUAAAGUUCUUAUGAGAUGUUUUUCUUCUUGUCAUAGCUCUAAUCACUGCGACUUAAUGAAAUGAAAUCUCUACAAGUUUACCAUUUGUUGUAUUGCAUCUGAUGUGUAUUUCGAAAUUGUUCUUAUACCUGUGCCUGAUACAAAAUGUUUGUAGACUUAACUGUGUUGAAUACUUGAAUGUGCUUUAUUUUGGUUAUUGUUUAUAUAUAUGGUAAUGUUGCUACUCUUGUAAACUAA